AUGUGCAGCGAUUUACAGCUCACGGACGUGCUGUCGUUGCAAGUCAAUGCUUUCAUCUCCCAGAGACUGCUUUUCUCUGAGCUUGACUUUUUACUGCGGUACGACCGUCGGAACACACAGCGCUCGCGCUGGUCAGUCGGAGUUUCCGAGCUCCAAACCGCCGGGGAGAGGCAAGUUCGAAAUGCGAAGAAGCCUUCAGAUGAGCAACACUGGCCCUCAGAAAAGCGUCUACACCAGCUGCAUUCACCUUAUGCAGAUUGCGAAAUUACGAAGUGUUCUCUCUGCAGGUUUGAACGCAUGAUGCUGAGCCUGCUGAGCGAGAUUCACGCGAUGCAGCAGAGGAACGUGGAAAUGCUUCGAUCGGUGAUGAACAGCAGUCCAGCCGAGGUGGCCUCCACCCUGGUUGCCGGCCCAUUCAAGACGUGCGGGGAGCUGCGUGCCUUCGACACCACUCUCGUUGGCGACAGGAAAGCUGCCUUCGCCAAGGAGUUGCAAAGCCUGCAAGGGAGCAACGUCGGCUCCACGACGCGCAAGAUCAUGGCUUACCUAAUGACGGACGAGGUGGCCUCACUCUUCUCCUGGCUCGGCCGCAAGGGCAAGGCCAAGUUCUGCGAGCUCAACAUGGCCAGUGCCAUUGUCCAUGUGGUGAAGAAGUGCCACUCCCUGGGCGCGAACCUCGAGGUGGAAGAGACCAUGAAGGCUUGGCUACGCCACGCUCCUGGACGCUGUCGUAACCCGGCGCUUCUUGUGCCGGCGGCCGUUCCAGCCCUCCAGCAAGCGAAGAACAUUUGAGGAGGGGAGGGUGGGAGGAAAGUGCUGUGUUAUCUUGAGAAUAAAGAU